UCCUUUUCCCAGACGUCCGGUGCGAAUGGUUCAUUCUUCGUUGCUCGCAAUCGCACGCCGAUAGUACGGCGGCGCGACAUGGUAUCAGAAGUGGGAUAUCAUCAGUCCAGGUUCGCGAAAGCAAGCGUAAAAGACUAUGGCGAACGAAACGCCACCGGCACCUACGGGAACGUUUGGACUUCAACAGCCACCACAGCUGGACUUCGACAACACAACAGAGUGGCCGGCGUGGAUAGAACAUUUCGACGAUUACCGCUUCGCCACAGGCAUCAACGAAAGAACCGGUGAGGCACAAGUCCGCACGCUAUUGUACACAAUGGGCCGGCAAGCAAGGGAAAUUUUUGCCACGUUCGACCUUUCGGCAGAGGAGGCAAAGGACUUCGACCUCGUCAAGCGAAAGUUCGACGAGCACUUCGUCAAGGAACGAAACGUCGUGUAUGAAAGUGCAUGUUUUCACCGAAGGCUACAGAAGCCAGGAGAGUCCGUGGACCAGUACGUUACGGCACUGCACGUCCUCGCAGACCGCUGCGAAUUCGGUGAGAUGAAACAACGCAUGAUCCGGGACCGGUUUGUCGUGGGGCUCCAUGACGACAAGCUUUCCGAAAACCUGCAAAUGGACGCCAAGCUGACCUUGUCAUCGGCGUUAGCCAAGGCACGCCUCAAGGAAGUGGUGCACCAGCAGCAGCGAGAACUUCGUUCAGGAGAGCCCGGUCAACAGGCCUGUUCUUCGACGAAAGAGGACCUGAACGUAGACGCCGUGAGCCGACGCCGGGAUGCACCUCGAAGAAAAGUCUACGGGUCGGAAACAUCACAUCGGGACAAGCAGUGUUCUUUCUGUGGAGGCGACCAGCAUCCAAGGUCGGUGUGUCCUGCAAGGGCACAGAAGUGCUUCAAUUGCCACACCAAGGGACAUUUCAGCCGGGCCUGCAGGAAGGAGUCGGCGUCGUCUCCAAGAAAGGUACAAGUGUCAUCCGUACAGCAAGAGACUGGCGAACUUUUUCUGGGGGCGAUAAAUGUUCCGGACGCGAAAGCGCGGUAUGUCCAGAUAACCUUGAACUCUGUACCAGUGUUUGCUAAAGUUGAUUCAGGAGCAGAAGCCACUCUUGUACCGUCUACGUUUCCAGGCAUUCCGUUUAGGCUGGAAACAGCAAGCGAAGUACUGACUGGUGCGGGAGAAAAUCGCCUUACGGUACUUGGAAAGUUCAAAGCUAAGUUAAUCUGGAAGGACAAAGUGUCGAUGCAAACUGUCUAUGUCGUGAGUCCGCUUCGCCAGGUACUUCUAGGGUUACCAGCCAUAGAGGCUUUGGGAGUUGUAAAUUUCAUCGAUGGUGUGUCUCUGGAUAAACAAAAUUAUGAUGUCCCCGCGUUUUUGAACUUUGAAAUCAAGCAUAAGUGGAAGAACCUGUUCCUUGCGAAAAUAUUUUAG